CCGUGUCCUGCUGCCUCUCUUUUCCAGGAAGAAGUUUUCCUGGAGCAUUCAGAUGACAGUAUUUGCCAUGAUUUUUGGUGCAUUUGUGGCUGCCAGUGCUGACUUGGCAUUUGAUCUGGAAGGAUACAUUUUUAUCCUCAUUAAUGAUGCCUUAACAGCUGCAAACGGUGCCUACAUGAAACAGAAGCUGGAUUCGAAGGUGGGAUGGCCUCGGGGUCCUUUUGGGAUGUUGGGAUAUUGGGCUGGGUUGGUCACCAGUUUAUUCUGGUUGAUUCGUGUCUGGCUGGGAAUUCUGUGCCUCUCAAGGCUCUGGUUUUGUUCCCUGCAGGCAAUGGAGUACCAGGGCUGGGCUGACACCUUCUUCGUGGUGCAGUUUGCGCUGUCGUGUGUGAUGGGGUUUAUUUUGAUGUAUUCCACGGUUCUUUGCACUCAGUAUAACUCUGCUCUUACAACUACAAUAGUUGGCUGCAUUAAGAAUAUUUUAAUAACCUAUAUUGGGAUGUUUUUUGGAGGAGAUUAUAUUUUUACAUGGAUGAACUUCAUUGGUCUAAAUAUCAGUAUUGCGGGAAGUCUGGUGUAUUCCUACAUCACCUUCACCGAGGAGCAGCUGAACAAGGAGUCAGAUGGAGGUGGWAAAAUGGACAUUAAAGGGAAGAGCUCGGUGUGAGCAGGAGAAGUUGUUUUUUUUUGGAAAGCCACCUCUUAGUGCUCGCUUGAUCGCGGGCAGGAUGCGGCAGGAAUCCGAGACAGCCCCGCUCUUAAUUGGCACAAAUUGCUGCCUUCACGAAUCCUUGGGAAAAGAGCUGCCUGCACGGGGAGGAAUGAGCCUAAUUAAGCGUGAUUGGGAGGAAUUAACGAGUUUCUAAUCAAGCAGAGGAGAUGGGCACGGGGCGAGGGGUGAAGAUGUUGCGUUGGGGGUGUCCCUGGAUGGAUCUGCUGCGUGGGAGCUGUGGAUGUGUCCAGCUCAGCCAAGCCCAGCCCAGCYAAGCCCAGCYCARCCAAGCCCAGCCUAGGGGGAUGCUGGAGCUGCCUCCAGGCCCAACCUGAUCCCUCUGGAAGGAAGGAAAUGCUGCAGGAUCUAGCAGAGUCCGGUGCCAAGGAUACGAGCAGCAGCAUUCCCUGGAAAAUGCAGGAUGGGCCAAAACCUCUUGGAUGAAUGUCCAGCGCUCUCUGAACUCCAAUUUUAUUUUUUUCCUGGCUAAUUUCUGUUUUUUUUGUUCCAUUAACCCACUUUUCAAGCUGGGUUUGCCCUCCUGGCUGUAUCACAGCCUUGCCUUCAGCUCUGUCUUUCCGAGGCUUGGGGACAUUUCCAGCAGGAAGGAUUUUCCUGUCACUGCCUGAGGUCAGCAAAUGCUGGAUUUGGGAAAGCUGCUGGCAUUUUUGGGAAAACUGCUGGCAUUUUUUUGAAAAACCCACCAGGGAGAAGCUGCUGGRAUCCCAGGAGAGCCAGCACAGCAAUGCAGGGAAUGGAUGCAGCUCCCACCCCUGGACAGGGCACAAAGGACUCAAAUCAUCUCGUUUUGGCAAGUAGAAGGGGCCCCAUAAUUCUUAUUUUCCAUGGAAUGAGUCUCCCUGGGUUUAUGACCCACUAAAAGAAUGGGAAUUUGAAUAGACUGGGCAGAAUUUGCUGAUUUUUUAAAGGUUGUUGUACCCUGCACUUCUUUUCAGGUCUCUUUGAGCUGUCUUUGUGCUCACUUGAUCCCUUUUUUUGCUUCGAAAAAAAUUCUUUUUAAAGUUUGGUUAAAACUUUUGGUAAAAUGAUAUAUUUAGAGAUUUUUGUACCCAAACAGCUUCUCUAAACAUUGACUUUCAUUUUUUUUUGGGAAAUACUUGCUCAAACUGGAACAAACUGCAUUUAUUGGAGUUUAUUGGAAGUUUUUGGAUGGAAAAGAGAUUUUUCUGUGAGGGUGCUGCCCCAGCCUGGUAUGGAGCUCCUGCAGCAACUCCAGAGCCACAGUUUUCMCWKUU